AGUCAAGAUGAACUUGAAAGCAAAACAGACGUGACAUGAUAAUCACGAUACUCAAUGUGAAUAUUUUGCUGCUCGGUUUUUCGCGCAGAACAGAACUUAGUUUCCUCGAUCAUAGGGAAAGUCUGAGCUUUAUUUACACCAUAGAGGUUUGUGCUCAUCUUGCCAGGAGACAAAAUAAAGCCCCCGGCCAUGAUCGUUCGCUUCUGGUGAAAAAGGUGCGCCGCAGCCUCCCAUGAAGGAAUUCUCUCUGCCUGACGUGCUUCACAGCCGGGGGGACCGACCUAUCAACCUGCACCAGUAGAGCGCAAGCGGUGACGGUGCCUCGCUGCGCACGAAUAGGCAACAUCACUAAAGAGGAGACGAAAUGGACGAACUCGAGAGCGUUCCGGCGAUUCAAAGUGAGAUCCGCGUCUCUUCCGCCUCAAGGUCCCCGCAAAACAAGAAUUACAAUCAUGCAGCUGCAGGAACUGCUGGCGCAGCUACAGCUGGUACUUCGUACGGCACCGCCGGUGUAGUUGGCUCUCAUGUAGUCCAACACGAGCACCACAAGCACAAUUUCACUCACAACCCUUCCACCGCUUCUGGCACUACGACCUACCACUCGAAUUCCACGAAUUCCGGUUCUGGUAUUGGUGCGAACUCACUAGCCGACCACUUUCAUGGCACUAACAGUCUACAGCAUCGUCCUUCCUCCUACGGUUCCGGAGGUGGUCCUUCGCCGACAAAAUCGUUACAGGGUGCAGGUGGUGGAGGAGCAUAUCAAUAUCAUGCAGCGAACCCUGCAACGUCGGUGACCAAGGGAGCUGCAGCUACAGCAUCUUCAAAACCCCGUGGCGGCCAACAUGCUGGCACGACUGGACGGCAGCAAGGCGGGGGUGGGUACUAUUACGAAGCGGCGAGCAGUAUGGAUUGCACAUUGGUACCGGACAGUGAUGCAGCUCAAACGCAACAUGUUGCUCACAAGAAUAUGCAACCGGCUCAGAUGAAGGGACGACAGCAGACCUGGUCCUCCUCUUCCGCCAGCCCAGCUCCGGCUACUGCAGUAGUUGUUGCCAACAAAGGAAUGAGCACAACGCCAACGCAAAAGCAAGGCAACGAAGUUGGCAAAGGAGCGGGAGUUGGAACAGCGGCGCAACAUAGCGGAAAACCGGUGAUUUCCGUCCCUGUCGACAUCAUGAAAGGCGGUAAGACCGGCGGACUCAAUUCAUCCUCCAAAAGCAAAAACUUUUCAACAUCAUCUGCACCUGGAACAAACCAGCAAGCUAACCCAUACCACUACCACCCGGACCAGCGCGGCGCUGGAAAGCCAUCUUCAGGCGGCAAGGGGGGCAAAUCAGGUAGUAAAGGUGGCUCAUAUCAAGCGCUUUACACGUAUGAGCAGGUGGAUAUCACGCACGGAGCCUCCACCUUGGUGGUGCCGUCGCCGGGGCAGCAGAUGGCGCAGCAAGUCGUAGCUGCGGCAGGGCCGCGUGAGCAAGUCGUCGUGGUCGAGCAUCCAAAUAACCAGCCACACGGUGGCAAGAUCAUGAGCGCAAAUAAAGGCGGACCGCUGUACAAAGAACCAACUCCAGGUCCUCCUGUGUACAAUACGUCCUCCCCGACUAAGAACGUGGAGGAAUUUCUUGGGGCGAAUUACGUCAAGGGAAAGGGACAGAAACGCCCAGCACCGCCGCCACCGGGGACGAGUAGCGCAGUAACGGUGGUAGUGCCGCCCCAACAGGAGGCUGGGGCUCUACGAAGAAAUGUUACCGGGGGAACUGGUAUUAAAGGUGCAGUUCUUCCGUGUGCGUUGCUUUGUGUUAUUCUUAGGGUUACGAUGACGAGACGAAACCGAAGCUCUUUAUGAAAACGAAAAUAUAAAGCCUAAAGCUAAACAAGCACAUCUAGAAUCUGAAACUUUGUCCAACCGUCCAUCAAGGUACACCCGCCCGCACACUUUCAGACCUCCAGUCCACACCGCACAAGGUGCCGCCAGGGUUGGAACCGCCAGUAGCAGCAGGGCAGCGAAGCGUGAACCUAGUUGAUCACCCGAGCAUCACUCGAGUCGGAACCGCCCCGCUUUCCGAGGCCGGAGUUUCAAGCCGACACGGUUCUCGACGGCAAAGUCGCACCUUGGUGGAUUAUUUGGAGUCGCCGGACUGCAACAGUACUAGCGGCAAUUUCAACACUUCUGCUGGGUCUGCUGCCCCUAUUGGCGGUGGAGAAGCUGCAGCUUCAGCUUCUGGGCCGCAGCAACAAGGGAAAACCAAAAGUGGGUUUUUCUAUCAAGAAGUCGAACUGUUGCCCAGAUCGUCCUCUUCGGCUAGCAAGGGCGGGAAUAAGGAUAGCUCGAAGCCGACACCAAAUUCGGUGGAGCACCAGCAUGACACUGGCACAAUCACAACGAAAGGUGCAGGUCGGAGCAAAAGUGGUAGAAAGGCUUUAGAAAUCAUCUCGGACAGCACGACAAGCAGCAGUAACAAGCAGCCCCGUGGCAAGACGCCAUCCUCGAGCUCAAAGUCUACUUCGAAGCAGCCGAACAACAAAGGCCAGAAUUCGUCCGGCGGUGGGGAAAACAAUACGAAGAUCAAGUCCACGAAAGACUCCAACGUGUACGGUGCGAACAGCAAGGGCGGGAUGUACGAUAUGCAGCAGGAGCAGCAUCGCGGCUCUACUCCAAGCAGCAAGUCGAAAUCAGCUUCCGGCUUGUCGUCGAAAGGUGCAAGUACUGCGGGGAUGAAUUAUGGGAAGCAACUAGCAGGAAGUGUUGAUAAAGAUAAUCAUGACCCGCACCUAGUGAACCUAACGGCGCAGUACCAGGACCCAACGCAGGCUGCAGUGUUGUAUGACAGCCUCAGAAUGGAAAUCCUCAAAGUGGAAAUGAUUUGUGAUGCAUGAAAUGCGACACCAAAAAGACUGUAUUGCAGAGGACGCAAUGGAGGCCGAUUAUUGUCCUGCCAGGGAUGAAGAAUUGGAGUGCUGCUUAGCACGAGAGAAGGGCACCCCUUUGCCUUAACCUGCAUGACAGACAUGCUUUAAGGGUCCGGAAAAUUUGUCAUGCGCCGACUACAAAUGGCGCUUCAACUGGAGUCGUUUUUUUGCAUCACAAAAUUUCCACUUUGAGGAUUUCCAUUCUGAGGCCUUCAUAUGUUGUCCACGCAGUCAACUCCCUCGAGCACGACGCAUUUCAAUGUUGCUUCUUCCGCAACUAGUGGCCAUCCUAGUGGAAUAAAGUUAAAGACCGGCGCUCUUCCGGGGAGAACGAUGUCGUCUGGCCGCACACCGAAACACGUGCAUCAAUAUUCCAUUUCGACGACGUUUAGUACAGGAGCAGAACAACAACAUCAAGCAGGUUCUUCUACUUCGAAGGGUGGUUCUUCAAAAGGGCAACACAACUCCAACCGAGGGGAGAGGCUGACUUUCUACAAUUUUCCCGAGGGAUGUCCGUUACCUUCUAAGCAGCAGAUCUCGAGCGGCAAGGGCAGCACGGUUCCGAAUUGCACACUGGAGCAAUUUGAUCAGGAUAUCAAAGCGGGGUCGGAGUAUGACAAUAAGCAAAUGCAGCGGGUGCCGAAAGCAGUUGGCAGUGCUGUGAGUACUGCUUCGACCUCAUCAUCUGCAACUACGCUUGUUCAUCUGGCGGGAGAAGAUGCUGGUUCUGAUGCAACUUCUUCUGCUGUGACUGAGAAACUACCUGCUCAGCAAGCACAAUGUGCUCCGAAAAUGAAAAUAAAGCAGAAAUUCGACUUCACCAUUCUCCGCGAAAUCGUGUGGAAGUACCUGGGAUACAACGUGGAAGAGAUGAAAGCCAAAACAAACAACUCUUUCCAGUACGAACACUACAAGAAAGACUGCAUUGCGUGGCUGCGGUUCUUGCUCUCCCAAGAAUCGCAGAACUGCGAAUGGAAGUUGGGCUACUUGCUUGCGAUGUGUCUGAAGGAGGAUUUUUCACCGGCGGAGGAAGAACAACCUGCGGAAGAGCAGAGUCCACAGGACGGCGCAGCGGGGGCUGCACCUGUAGAAGGUAAAAGCACUGAGGUAGCAGGGGAACAUGAUCAAGAUGCAUCAAAUCAGGCGGACAAUAAAACCAAGGCCGCGGCGAGCACUUCUAAGUCAGCGUCGAACACAACCACGACCGCCUCGACUUCAUCGAAAGCGACGUCGAGCGCGGUGAACAAAACAAGUAACACGACGACCACAACUACGAACAAUAAGCCGAGCAUUCUCGAGUACGUGCUGGAUUCGCAAAUGUUCUCGCUGUUGACGCAACUUUUCAUCCAAGACACGAAAACGAAAAAAGUGGACGAACUGGAGCAGAUUUUCCUACAAUUGGGCGGCCGGAAAAAGAACUCGCACGUGCUGGCAGCGAUGAUUCGCGGAUAUGGGUGUAAAGGGUACUAUAGAAAUUCGAACUAGAAGUCGAUGCGUUUAGAGUUUAGUAUUUGACUGCUGAUGCUUUUUCUUUACUCCAGCGUCAUUUUUGGUUUUGUUCCUUUGUGAUGCCUGCGGAGAAUGAAUCAAAUCAUACACUCGUCCCUUAACCCUUUUCAUCACAUCUGAAAGAUUCCCCAAUAACCUCUUCACCACAGCCACUGGAAAUCUUCCCUGAAACUCUUUCUGCACGCCCGCGAGCGGCAAUUGGAUCCGGAGUCGAAGGAUUACGAGUACCGCUAUCUCUGCUACCAAGCGGCCUUAGACUGGGCCCUGCAGAACGAAAUUUCCUUCAUGAUCUACACAGUUUUGCGGUUUUGCCAGAUCGACCAAAUCCCCAUCCGCUACCCCGGAGGAAUCUCCAAUAACAACUCCCUCGUGCAGCAACAGCACAGCGGUACUAACAAUUCGAAUUCUACUUCCAACGUUGCUCCCGCUAGUAGUACAACUCAGAACCAGGUGCACAGCAGCACGAAUUAUGCAACAGCUUGUGAUAGCCAUAACCAACAGAACCCAAACGACCAACAAGCGCUGAAUCACUGCUCCGGGCCAACUGUCGGUGGCGUAGAUUUUGUUCGGUGGCCGGUGGAAGAGUUGAGGUUUAUCUGGCCGGAGGAGCCGGGGCUAGGGGCGCCAAAGAUCAAGUAUUACGUCUCUCCCUCAACCCCGGAGGACAGAGUCGACGGAACCUUCAAACCCCUGCCAACGCACUGCAUCGUCACCGAUCCGCGGCUGGUGGAGUUAGAAAGAAGCGAUCCGGAGUUUGCGAAGGAAAUUUCCGCAGCGAACAACGGGGAUGGUCGCGGUGUGACAGAAACGAUAAACCAGCAGGCUGCACAGCAUCACGCGGCCACAGUGAGCGCAUUUCACCCUACAGGAGGUGCACCAGGUGCUGGUCCUGUCUACGGAGGUCCUCCGGCCGCUGAAUUGUAUCCAGGUCAGCAGAUCACGUCGUACCCGUAUCCCUCUCAGCACCAACACCCACCUGCGCAGGCUGCGGAGCACCACCGCGGCCACGGCCACCAUCAUCAGCAGCACCAUUACGAACAUUUCGCACCAGCUGCACUCUACCAAGAACAGGAAUACCAUGCACAACACCAGUACUACGACCCCUACGCGGCGGCCGCUGCAGCAGCUUCCUACCACCAUCACUACGACCCGGCAGGCGGAGGUACAGUAGAUCCAUACACAGGAGCCGCUCCCUACAACCCUCACGAUUCCUCGUCUCUCCUUCACAACCAAUCUACGCUGACCGGCGACAGCAUCACGCCCAUUGCGGCGGACCCAAACAACACCUCUAUGCACGGCUUCUACCACCACGACCCGAAUUGGAGUCAGGGACACGAUUUCUGGCCUCUGUCGGUUGAACCCAGCCCGACUGGGGCGGAGGGCGGGCAGUUCCUCGAUUUCAAUAGGUAUAGUACUCAUGUUGAGUACAACAGCGGCGGUGUAGGACCAACAUCUGCAGGUAGUUCUGGCGCCGGAAUUAUGGCUGCAUCUUCAGCGGCUCCUGGUCAUCUCGCGCAGCAACCUCCGCCGCCUUCGGUUGACAACACGCCCGCCGCGGCCUUUCACGAGUAUUUCUACGCGGGACAGCAAGAACAUCAGGAACUACACCAGCAGCACCACCAGCCCGGUUCGUUUUCGCAAGAAGACUAUGACAGUUACUACGCGCAUUUGGCAGCUUCGAUGGGUGCACCAGCUGGAGGACCCUAUCAUGGCGCGGAACCGUCUCCGAUUGGAUCGGAGGGGCACAUCGAUCCGAAUUUCGGGUUUGAAACCUUUGAACGGCAGAACUCUUUGCUGGUGCUGGGAGAGGACCACGCGCUGUUGAAGAAUAGCAGCCCGGGAACGCGUGCGGUGUGAGAGGGAAGCGGGCUCCUGAGCAGGGAAGAAGCAUGGUGUAGAAGUGGUGCCUCUCGCCUGUAUUAAGAAGAGGAGAAAGUAGAGAUCGACGCUUUUAUUGUAGAUGAUUUGUCUUCAGUAUCUAGGUCAACUCGAGUGGGAUGUAUGAAUUGCUCGAAAUUAAUUUUUGUGAUCAGAAACCGUAACCGAGGAUGAGGUUGAGGAUGGCCGCCGGGUUUUGAUUGCAGGAAUCCCGCUGAUAGAGAUAGACGGCCCACUACCUGUUACAUUUUUGAAUUUAGAAUUAAAUUCAGAGCUGCCCGUAGACUAGGAGCAGAAAAAUGUAGUCGAGACGUAGCAACGCCCUUUUUGAGCACAAAAGUGAAGCGAGAACGACGCCCUUUUUGAAGCGAGAACGACGCCAGCCAAAACCUGAGCCGCAGCGGCAUUGAACUAGCGCCGCGUCACGCCUCUAGUAUGGAAAGUCAAAUUUACUUUUUCAAAUGUUGUAUGUCCGCUAGCCGUGAAGAUAUGACACGAUACGAGUACCGCUAUUGUUCUCACGACUUGUGCUAGACAGACUUCUGAGAACUUACUACUUUACCUUUGUUUCAAUUUUAUUAGCACCAAUCUAUGAUAUUCUUAUUCAGUAUUCACAAACACAAAAAGCUACACUGUAGUUAAGCAAAAUUUGUUUGAAAUGCACAAUCAAGUUCAAGAACAGUAUCUAUCAGUUUCUGGCAAUGAGCUUCUGUUUUUAUUUUUUUGCCCCAAAAAAUAACAAAGGCGAAGUCGAUGUGUGAGUGUGAGUCGGCACCGCGCUCUACUAAUGAACUAUAACACCGAAAAACAAUUCUUCUACGUUCUAGCGCCACGCUUUAUUUAUUCGACAACCAACUGCCUGGCAGCCAAAACCAUGUACAAUCAACACCAGCUUUUCGAAGACAGAGAUACGAGUAAAUUGAUUUUCAAUAAUAUCGCCGAGUAGCAUGUCUAUUUGCAUCAACAGAGUAUUCUUCGUGCACUUACCUAUCCGUAUCAUGGUAUGACAGAUUUUUGAACGGGAUGGAGAUGCUGCAGAUCUUUUAGCAACGAGGAUUGCGAAUGACAUCAAGACUCGGGAAUUCGAAUUAUUACAAGAACUUGUAAAUAAACAGAAGCAGCACAGCACCAAGCAACCAGAGACAAAAGAAGAAGUCAGAAACUAGUAUCAGAGCAACGAUAGCAGCCACUUGUAGCUACGUGUAAGAUUUUAUUACUAUACUCCGACAAACAGUCUGCAUCUUGAACUUCAUUUCUAGAGUCGUUGACUGAAUGAUGGAAAAAACGCGAGCGGUGGCGGUGCUCAUCGGCACCGCGCCGCAAAAUAAGAGGAGAAACAAAGACAGGCGCGCCGGGAGUUUUAACAAGGGCGCGCGAUGUUGUUGAAUCAAAGUCAUUAUAUGAUAAAUAACACUGCUCGUCGUGUUGUUCCCAAAAGAUGGCAGGGCGACUAAUGUUGUUCUUGUGGGCGGCAAUGUCGCUGGUCGUGCACGUACAUACCGGUGCUCCACGGCAGGUUCUUCUUCUG